UCUGUCAUGGCUGUGUGUGUGCAGUGAAUCUCAUACCUGAUCACAGGCUACACACAGGAUUGGGGUCCAUCAUCAUGCAGGGUCGGACAGGGAAAGGCAGGCAAAGGGAGAUGGUAAUAGAAUCUCCACAGCAGUACAAGUGCCUGGCUGAGAUUGAGGCAGAGGUGGAGGCUGGGUCACAGGUGGCAGCGGUGAAGCCAAAAAUCAUAGAGCCUCUGGACUAUGAGAAUGUAAUUAUACAAAGGAAGACCCAGAUCAUCAGUGAUGUUCUGAGGGACAUGCUGCAAUUCCCCCAAGAGGACUUCCAGAUCUCCACCCUGAGGCGCCAGGGCAGGACUCUGUUCUCCACCGUGCCAGAGACUGCCGAGAAAGAAGCUCACUCGCUGUUUGUCCAAGAGUGCAUCAAAACCUACAAGUCGGACUGGCACGUGGUCAAUUACCAGUAUGAGGAGUAUUCUGGAGACUUCCGUCAGCUCCCAAAUAAGGUGUUGAGACCUGAGAAGCUGGCAUCUCACCUGUUUGAGGUGGAUGAAGAUGUGGAAAAAGAUGAAGACACAGCCUCCCUCGGAUCUCAGAAGGGAGGAGUGUCUAAACAUGGCUGGCUGUACAAAGGCAACAUGAACAUUGCAAUCAGUGUGACUAUGCGGUCAUUCAAGAGGAGGUACUUCCAUCUGGCUCAGCUGGGAGAUGGAUCCUACAACCUCAACUUCUACAAAGAUGAGAACACCUCCAAGGAACCCAAAGGAACCAUCUUCCUUGACUCGUGCAUGGGGGUUGUUCAGAACAGCAAAGUGCGCCGGUUUGCCUUUGAGCUGAAGAUGCAGGAUAAGAGCACGUUCCUGCUGGCUGCAGACACUGAAGCAGAGAUGGAGGAGUGGAUCACCACCCUGAACAAGAUUCUCCACAGCAGCUUUGAACAGGCCAUGCAGGAGAAGAGGAACGGCGACCUGCAUGACGCAGAUGAGGAGCAUGGAAAAACAGACCUCUCCUCUGGAAGUUUUCAAGACAGCUUUCAGACUGCCAGAGAUAUUGAGUCCAAAAUGAGGAGUGAAGCUCGCCUGAAAUUGUUUACUUUGGACCCUGACACACAGAAACUGGACUUCUCUGGCAUUGAGCCAGACGUGCGGCAGUUUGAAGAGAAGUUCGGGAAGAGGGUCCUGGUCAGCUGUAAUGACCUGUCGUUCAACCUGCAGGGCUGUGUUGCAGAGAAUGAAGAUGGGCCAACAACUAAUGUGGAGCCUUUCUAUGUCGUCCUGUCCCUGUUCGACGUCCAGAACAGUAGAAAAAUCUCUGCCGACUUCCACGUGGACCUCAAUCACCCUUUGGUGCGACAAAUGACACACUCUUCUGGUUCUGGAGGCGGACAGGAUUUGCACAUCAAUGGCAGCGGCGGUGAUGCUCCCUUGGGUGGCCCCAGGCUAGCCAGUGGACUCCCAGAGGGGGCUCUCCAGUACCCCAGACAAGGGGUGUUUUCAGUCACGUGCCCCCAUCCAGAGAUCUUCCUAGUGGCCAGGAUUGAGAAGGUUCUGCAGGGGGGGAUCACCCACUGCACUGAACCCUACAUGAAGAGCUCAGACUCUGCAAAGAUUGCUCAAAAGGUGCUGAAGAAUGCCAAGACAGCCUGCAGCAGACUGGGGCAGUACAGGAUGCCAUUUGCCUGGGCUGCAAGGCCUGUGUUUAAAGAUGCAUCAGGAACUUUGGACAAAAGCGCUCGCUUCUCGGCUCUUUACAGACAGGACAGCAGCAAGCUGUCAGAUGAGGACAUGUUCAAACUGCUCACUGACUUCAGAAAACCAGAGAAAAUGGCCAAGCUCCCCGUGCUCUUAGGGAAUUUAGAUAUAACAAUUGACAGCGUGGCCCCAGAUGUAGCCAAUUGUGUCACUUCCUCCUACAUCCCCGUGAGGAACUUUGAAGGGAACGGACCAGGCAGCGCUCUGCUGGAGGUGGAGGAGUUUGUACCUUGCAUCGCUAAGUGUUCCCAACCAUUCACCAUUUAUAAAAACCACCUCUAUGUCUACCCAAAGCACCUCAAGUAUGAUGGGCAGAAAUCCUUUGCUAAGGCAAGGAAUAUUGCUGUUUGCAUUGAAUUCAAGGAUUCUGACGAGGACGACGCCCAGCCACUGAAGUGCAUCUAUGGUCGUCCAGGAAGCUCUCUAUUCACUAAGCAGGCCUACGCAGCUGUCCUACACCACCAGCAGAACCCUGAGUUCUAUGAUGAGAUAAAGAUAGAGCUGCCUACUCAGCUGCAUGAGAAGCAUCACCUUCUCUUCACCUUCUAUCAUGUUAGCUGCGACAGCAACAGCAAAAAGAAAGACCUGGUGGAGACUCCAGUGGGUUCAGCAUGGCUGCCUCUGCUAAGGGAUGGCAGAGUCACCAUGAAUGAACAGCAGCUGCCUGUGGCCUCAAAUCUGCCUGCGGGGUACCUCGGCUCCCCGGAUGUCAUCAACAAGCACUCUAGCUUGGAGAUCAAGUGGGUAGACGGAGGGAAACUCCUGUUCAAAUUAUCAACUCAUCUUGUUUCUACAGUUUACACUCAGGAUCAGCACUUGCACAACUUCUUCCAUCACUGUCAAAGCAUGGAUAUGUCUGAACAGGCUUCAGAGGGGGGGCUGGUGAAAUACUUGAAGAGUCUUCAUGCAAUGGAGGGUCAUGUAAUGGUCAACUUUCUGCCCACUAUCCUCAACCAGCUGUUCUGCGUCCUCACGAGAGCCACACACGAAGAUGUGGCCGUCAAUGUGACAAGGGUGAUGGUUCAUGUUGUAGCACAGUGCCAUGAAGAGGGGCUCGAGCAUUACCUGAGAUCUUAUAUCAAGUUUGUUUUUAAGCCAGAGCCUUAUUCCUCCACCAAUGUAAAAACUGUUCACGAGGAGCUGGCUAAAGCUAUGACAGCCAUUCUCAAGCCAUCCACUGACUUCCUAACCAGCAACAAGCUACUGAAGUACUCAUGGUACUUCUUUGAAGCUCUGGUGAAAUCAAUGGCUCAUUAUCUAAUAGAGGGUGGAAAAGUCAAGCUCUCCAGGAACCAGCGUUUUACAGCAUCCUUCUACCACGCAGUGGAGACCUUGGUCAAUAUGCUGAUGCCACACAUCACCCAAAAAUACAAGGACAACCUGGAUGCUGCUCGCAAUGCCAACCACAGCCUGGCAGUUUUCAUCAAGCGCUGUUUCACCUUCAUGGACAGAGGAUUCGUGUUCAAGCAGAUUAACAACUACAUGAACUGCUUUGUGCCUGGAGAUCCUAAGACUUUGUUUGAGUUUAAGUUUGAGUUCCUGCGGGUUAUCUGCAGCCAUGAGCACUACGUCCCUCUUAAUCUGCCCAUGCCCUUUGGAAAAGGCAGAAUACAGAGGUUCCAAGAUCUUCAGCUGGAUUAUUCCCUGACUGAUGACUUCUGUCGGAACCAUUUCCUGGUGGGCCUGCUGCUGAGGGAGGUGGGUGGGGCUCUUCAGGAGUACAGAGAGAUCCGUCAGAUCGCCAUCCAGGUGCUCAAGGGGCUGAUGAUCAAACACACAUUCGACGACCGCUAUGCUGCGAAAAGCCAACAGGCCAGACUCGCCACCCUCUAUCUCCCUCUGUUUGGCCUGCUCCAGGAGAAUGUCUACAGACUGGACAUUAAGGAGUCCGCCCCAUUCAGCAACCACAAUAAUGUGAGGGAGGACUCGCUGGUGCACAACUCCAUGGUGACUCCUCAGAAACCUGGGAGCUGUAUAGAAAACGCUCUCCACAAAGAUGUGUUUGGGGUCAUCUCUGGGACAGCUUCCCCUCACAGCUCCACCCCAAAUGUCUGCUCAGUUAACCACGCUGACUCAAGAGGCUCUCUGGUCUCCACCGACUCAGGAAACAGCCUGCUGGACAAGAGCAGUGACAAGACCAACUCCCUGGAGAAGAACCAGUGUGCGUCGGCUCUGGGCAGCACUGUGCUGCGCUGUGACAAACUGGACCGAGAAGAGAUCAAGAACCUGCUCAUGUGUUUUCUGCAUAUCCUCAAGAGCAUGUCAGAGGAGGCCCUGUUUGCAUACUGGAACAAAGCAGCUCCUUCUGAGCUAAUGGACUUCUUUACAUUGAUAGAAGUCUGCCUCCAUCAGUUCAGAUAUAUGGGGAAGAGAUUCAUCGCCAGGAGUCAAGAGGGGUCAGGGCCUGUAGCUCCGGACAGGAAAUCUCUGACUUUGCCUGUUUCUCGUAACAGGGCGGGAAUCCUGCACGCCCGCCUACAGCAGCUGGGAACUCUGGAGAAUGCCCACACCUUCAACAACAUGUACUCUCAUACGGAAGCAGACGUGAACAGCCAGUGUCUGCUGGAGGCCAACGUGUCGACGGAGGUGUGUCUGACUGUGCUGGACACACUCAGUAUCUUCAUCAUGGGAUUUAAGACCCAGCUGAAUUCAGAUCUUGGUCACAAUCCACUGAUGAAGAAAGUUUUCCAGGUGCAUUUGUGCUUCCUGCAGAUCCCACAAUCUGAGACUGCCCUCAAACAGGUCUUCACCUCACUCAGGACCUUCAUCUACAAGUUCCCCUGUACGUUCUUUGACGGCCGGGCCGACAUGUGUGCCUCUCUGUGCUACGAGAUCCUGAAGUGCUGUAACUCCAAGCUGAGCUCCAUCCGCAGCGACGCCGCCCACCUUCUCUACUUCCUCAUGAAGAGCAACUUCGACUACACUGGCCGCAGAUCUUUCGUGCGAACACACCUGCAGGUGGUCAUCGCUGUCAGUCAGCUGAUUGCUGAUGUCAUCGGCAUCGGGGGGACACGCUUCCAGCAGUCUCUCUCCAUCAUCAACAACUGUGCGAACAGUGACAAGAGCAUCAAGCACACAGCAUUUCCAUCAGAUGUAAAGGACCUGACAAAGCGCAUCAGGACAGUGCUGAUGGCCACAGAGCAGAUGAAAGAGCAUGAGAACGACCCGGAGAUGCUGGUAGACCUCCAGUACAGCUUGGCCAAGUCCUACACCAGCACACCCGAGCUCCGCAAGACCUGGCUGGACAGCAUGGCACGCAUCCACAACAAGAACGGAGAUCUCUCAGAGGCAGCCAUGUGUUAUGUGCAUGUUGCUGCUCUAGUGGCUGAAUACCUGUGGAGAAAAGGUAUGUUCAGGCAGGGCUGCUCGGCUUUCCGUGUCAUUACUCCCAACAUUGACGAAGAGGCAGCCAUGAUGGAGGACGUUGGGAUGCAGGAUGUUCACUUCAACGAGGAGGUACUGAUGGAGCUGUUGGAAGAGUGUGCUGAUGGCCUCUGGAAGGCAGAGCGUUAUGAGCUCAUCGCUGACAUCUACAGGCUCAUUAUUCCCAUCUAUGAAAACCGCAGAGACUUUGAGAAACUGACACACCUGUAUGACACACUCCACCGUGCAUAUACUAAAGUGAUGGAGGUGAUGCAUAGCGGUAAAAGACUGCUGGGCACGUACUUCAGAGUGGCCUUCUUUGGUCAGGGCUUCUUCGAGGAUGAGGAUGGGAAGGAAUACAUCUACAAGGAGCCAAAGUUCACCCCAUUGUCUGAGAUCUCCCAGAGGCUCCUGAAACUCUACUCGGACAAGUUCGGCCAAGAGAACGUCAAGAUCAUCCAGGACUCUGGCAGGGUGAACCCGAAAGACCUGGACUCCAAGUACGCCUACAUCCAGGUGACCCACGUCACCCCAUACCUAGAUGACAAGGAGCUGGACGACAGGAAGACUGACUUUGAGAAGAGCCACAACAUCCGGCGCUUUGUGUUUGAGACGCCAUUCACAGUAUCUGGCAAGAAGCAGGGCGGGGUGGAGGAGCAGUGUAAACGGCGAACCGUUCUGACCACCACUCACUGUUUCCCAUAUGUGAAGAAGCGCAUAGCGGUCAUGUACCAACACCAGACCGACCUGAGCCCCAUAGAGGUGGCCAUAGACGAGAUGAGUGCCAAGGUGGCCGAGCUGCGACUGCUGUGUUCGGCCUCUGAGGUGGACAUGAUCCGCUUGCAGCUUAAACUGCAAGGCAGCAUCAGUGUUCAGGUGAAUGCAGGUCCUCUUGCCUAUGCCAGAGCCUUUUUAGAUGACAGCAGUGCCAAGAAAUAUCCUGACAACAAGGUCAAACAGCUGAAAGAGGUCUUCAGGCAGUUUGUGGAUGCCUGCGGUCAGGGGCUGGGAGUGAACGAGCGGCUGAUCAAAGAGGACCAGCAGGAGUAUCAUGAUGAGAUGAAGGCUAAUUACAGGGACCUGGCCAGGGAGCUGUCAAACAUCAUGCAUGAACAGAUAAACCCAGUGGAUGAUGGCACAAGGAACACUCUGUCUGACUCUAUGGGCAUCUUCAACGCCAUCAGCGGCACACCAACCAGUGCUCACAGCUCAACCACCAUACUCUGAAAAAAAAAAGAAAAAACAGAUUCAUGCUUUCAUCACCACUAAGGAUUGGUUAAACCUUCAAGUGGAACCAGUUUGGACACAUUCUGAACACAACCUGAAGCCAUCAUCCAUUGUUUUGUUUUUUUUCUCUUUCUAUGUCCGUACAUGCCAUGAGCUGGAAAAUAUGGUGUUCACUCCCUGUCAUCAGUAGGCCCUUUCUUCUUGUUUCCUAUGGAGACUCCAGUGAAUACUGUUGGCUUUCAAGCUUUGAGAGUGCUAUCCACUUAUUGCCAGAUUUGGGUCAUUUAUCUUUUUGUAUGGUUUGUUUUAUCCUAUGGAAAAUAGGGCAAAGCACAUGUGAUGUUUCGGCAAGUGUGUAUCCAAUACUGUGACUGACAACAUGAUGUUAUCUGAAUUGUCCUGGUGUUGUAAGCCACACCUAAGGGACCCUAUCCAUAGAUUAAAACAAACACAAAGAACUUCAGUAUUUACAUUGACCCAGUCUAAAUCUUGCAGGGACCCUACCUCUACUUCCUCUUCUGUAUCUGUUUUUUUAACUGUAGGGCUCCCAUUUAUGUACAGUGUUUGUAAGAGAGUGUUUUUGUUGGAAAUAAGUAAAUGCCACUGCUGUAACCGUACAUACAUUCUUCAGCUGAUGCAUAGUAUUUUUACAUUUCAUGUUUUUAUUCUUUUUCAUUGAGGCUCUAUUACAGCAGAUGCAUUUUUCCAUGCAGUUUAUCUUUUCUCUUACCUUGGACAUUUCAAAGAAUUAUUCUCUCUAUUUUAGGCCAAUGGACAUGUAUAGGAACUGUCUAAAGCCAAGUGAACCACAAUGUUUAACCUAUUUUCUGUAAAGAAAAGUGUGUGCAAUAUUUUCUAUUGUUGUCGAGGCUACCUACUGCACAGAAAACCACUCUUGCCAAAGACUUUAGAAAAAGACUGUGCAAUGCAAGACAAGGAUGUGACAAUUUACCCCUUUGUUUCUUUGUCUGUCAUGUACAGUAGAUGGUAAAAUCAUGAAAAAAAACAUUUUUACUUAAUGACAGCCCAUGUAAAUAUGUUUAAGACUUAAU